CACACACACACACACACACACACACACCGAGGUUUCCACUAAAUGACGAAAACGCACAAAGUACAGCUGACCUCAGGGGGGUUAGAAGAAGAACUAUUGGUAGUUUAAAGGAAACAGAAGGAUCAUAAACCAAACGGGUGAGUGUGUCUGUGGUCGGGCUGCAGGACGCUGAACUCUGCUCCGCCUCAUGCUUUUGUUUUCAGUCCGAGAGGAAAACUUCUGCCGUUCAGAGACGGAAACAACAACAAUAAGAGCGACGUUUUCAAAUCCCAAAAAACCCUACAAUCAGCUGUCCACCAGAGGAGAGACCUCCGCAUCCAACCAAACCUCAUCUGGGAACACUUAGUGUUUGACCAGGAUGGGGAACAGCAGCAGCGACAGGUCCAGUGGGGGUCAGGGGGAGAGGUCAUACAGAGAUGGACACCAAGGAGGGAAAGAGGCAAGUCCAAACAUCCUGAUUGACAGCUCGGAGGACGGAGACCUUUACCAGAGAGAAGACGCAAAGGCUCCUCAGGAAAUACAGGAAUUUCUGGCCUGGCAGCAGGACCUGGAGAGUGACAACAAAAGUCCAACGCUGGCCAGACCCACUAUGUUCAGGUGGCCGGGGGCCGCCAAGGAAGUCUUUGUGUCCGGCUCCUUUAACAACUGGGCCACCAAGAUCCCUCUCAACAAAAGCCCCAGUCUGAAAAACUUUGUGGCGAUUGUGGACCUGCCGGAGGGAGAGCACCAGUACAAGUUCUGUGUCGACGGUCAGUGGACCUUGGAUCCUACUGGGGCCGUGAUGACGUCUAAAACUGGCACAGUUAAUAAUGUCAUCCAGGUGAAGGGAACUGACUUUGAAGUCUUUGACGCCCUCAGGAUCGACUCUGAGGAUUCUGCAGACCUCUCAGACUUGUCCAGUUCUCCUCCCGGCCCCUACCUACAGGAUGCAUAUGUGAUCAAGACAGAGGACAAGAUCAAGCAUCCUCCAUACUUACCUCCACACCUGCUGCAAGUGCUGCUCAACAAGGACACGGGUAUUUCUUGUGACCCAACGCUGCUUCCAGAGCCCAACCAUGUGAUGCUCAAUCACCUGUACGCCCUCUCCAUCAAGGAUGGAGUGAUGGUCCUCAGUGCAACGCACCGAUACAAAAAGAAAUAUGUAACCACACUUCUCUACAAGCCGAUAUAAUCCACAGUGCCUCUUAUUUUAAAAUUCAUAUAAUACAUCUGUUGUUGUACACAGCU